AUGUUUGAAUACGACCGCUUGGCGUUGGAUAUCACUGAGCAAUUCGCGCAAAUUCGGUCUAAUGCAAUGACAAGUUCAUCAGCGCAAAUUUUCGUCCCUUUUAGGACCGUUAGUGGAUUGUGCUUUUCGCCUUCCGGUUCGGAUAUUCUUGAUUGCGGAACAGGUUCCGGAUACGGAAGUCCUGGAAUUGAUGAGACACCGCUAUCAAGCCCCGCAUCGCAAGUCUUUUCGUUGCCUAAUCAUGUUCAGCGUGCACUAUGUGGUCCAGUAUCCUGUGAUGAUUCCGAAAAUGUUGCAGCAUCGCUUGGUCCAACCGUUAUUUGUAAUGAGCACAACAGAAAGUCUCUAAGCUCGGAGAACGACGAAAAUUUGCCAUCACAAGCAGCACAGGAAGAUGGGUUCUCAUCGGAUGAAAUUGCUCAAUUCACACAAUUGCUCUGCUCACCAAAAAAAGCUCCUCCCUCUAAAUACCAAUGUCAUAUUUGUUAUCGCACUGGACAUUAUAUUUCCGACUGUCCAAUGCGUUUUAACAGUCCAUACGAGGAAUUGACCCCUUAUCAGGGUAGAAAGAAGUGCUACGGUGAGUUUCAGUGCCAGCAAUGUAAGAGGAAAUGGACGAGUCAGAAUUCUGUUGCUAAUGAGGCACAGAGCUGCAUUAAAUGUCACAUCUCAGUUUUCCCUCACAAACAGCUACCUGUCGAUAAAGCGGUAGCCAUGGGUUUGGUAAAAGCGCAACGCGUUAUUCCAACCAAACUGGGACCCAUUGGACACGGUCGGCCUCCAUUCAAUACAAAUCGGCAGUAA